AUAACCUAUAGUUUAUGGUUGAACUUUAAAAAAUAACAUUGCUAACAAAACGAGGGAUGUCCCGUUCUACAAAAUUCAUUUAACAAAGUGAAUUGAUUCAUUAUAAAACAAUAAAGAACAUUUUUCUUAAUGCCAGAACAUAAUCAAAUGAAGAUAAUUAUAUUGUCAAUAAGAAAAAACGGCUAAAAAUGGAGAAAAAUAAUUGACAAACUCUUUGUUUAUGGAGCGUGUAUUUUGAGGUUAUCCUCAUUGUAAUUACCCCCUUUGUAUCAAACGGAAAGGAAACGACAAUUCUAAGAAAUAAAAAAAAUGGACUCCUUGGAGCCAACACCUCCGAAAGUGAGACGUAUAAACAAACAUGCGGCAAUGCACGUUUCGGAAUGUGUUCGAGAAUUUAAAUUACCUGUACAUUUUCCUGGUUUGGUAUCGGGUCAUAAACCAGUAUCCAAAGAACAUACAAUAACGCCAUCGAUGACAGUGUUAAAAACUAUCGAAACCGAACCACAAACAAUCGACGUGGGAAAGAAAAUAAGUAAAGGAAAAAACGUUCAACUAGUCGAGUGUACGGAUAAAAAAGUAAUUCAUCAAAUUUCUUCCGACAAAGUUUUAAGUGGAACGAACCGAAGUCUCUCAUCGCCAAAUUCAUCAAAAAUUAAAACACUGACAAAUCCGAUGUCAAAUUCUCUAGCAAUCAAUUACAAUGGUGUCAGUAAAUUAAAAACACUAAAAUUAAAAAGUCCGGAUGGGAAAGAUCUCGGUGAAUUUCAAGUCGAACUCCUUGACUUUAAGAAUCAAGUGCAAAAAAGAAAAUUAAUUACCAUCCCCACAAGUGCUUUAACCUCGAAAGAUGAUUCGGAUAAUAUUGUCACAAGUACACAAAACGAUCCAAUUGUUUCUUAUUCAAUGAAAGAUGUUCAAUAUCCAGGUUCAAUUUACCAAGAACCAAGAAUUGAUAAAUUAGAAAACGAUUUGUCAAGUAAAGUGAAAAUAAUUAGCAACGUCUCAUUAAAUAAACUCCCAGCUGACGAUCUCUCGAAAAUAAUUCAAGGCAAACAAAUGAUCAAGACAAUAUUUUCCAAUACACCCUUCGAACCACCGACAAUAAGUACAAAACAUUUACAUCCAACGGAUGAGAAUUCAAAAAAAUUACUCUAUCUCAAACCCGAGGAGCAUCCUUAUUUGAAAAGUAUCACAAAAACAGGUAAACCCAUUUCUCUAAAACCAGUGAAAUUAAAAUCUUUAACUCUCAAUUUAAAACCAAGUGAAAUCAACGAUCCAAAUUUUACCAGUGGUUUGUCGGGUUAUAAAAAUGGCGAUAUGGACGAGGACUGUGAAGAUGAAUUGGAAAAUGAAAAAAUUGAUUCACCGAAAAAUGAGAGUGAACAACAACAGCCAAAACGUGAAUGGAAAAAACUCGAGUACACAUUGACGAAAAAAAAUGUUAUGGUAAUGUUACCGAAAGUUUCUUCAAAUAAGAAAUUAAUGACAAAUCGACGACAAUCAUCCGAGAGCAGUUUAACAACGAGUGAGGAAGAUUUCACCAAUUUGGAGUCAGAUUCACCGAAACAGGGAAAAUUGGCAAAAAGCGCCAAGGGGAAGAAUUCGGACAAGAAGAGAAAGGAGAAUUCCGAGGAUGUUGAAUUCAAUCAAUCGGUUGACAUAAGUAUCGUUGAAAGAGCCUUGGCUUCAGUGAAAGAUAAAACAUUACGCGAUGAGGCUUUGAAAAUUCUCGCCUCAUGUAAAUUGGGAAUUGAACGACAAAUUCCAAUUCGUCCACCGUCGAAUGAAAUUUCAGUGCGUGAUACAACAACACAAACGGAUAUUUUUGGUAAUUUGGAACGUGAAUGUGAGGAGUUUAUUGAGGUGAAAAAAAGUGAGAAGGGAAUCAAGAGAAUAAACAAAAUAAUGAGAGACGGUACAAUUGCUUUUAAAUCAUUGAAUUCUAUUGUUAAUCCAAUAAAGCAGUAUGAGGAGGAGAAUAAUUUUUCAUCGCAAUUGGAUAAAAUGAUUAUGGAGUUGGAUAUUGAUUCAAAUGAUAAGCAGGAGAUGACGAAAAUUAAAAAUGUCCUCGAGAGGCCAAUUCAAAGUGUUGAGAAAAUGAAUCGUGUACAGAUGCAAAUUAUUAAUGAUAUCAAAUCAUUGGAGAUUUGUGAUGAGGAUGGAUUCACGGGACUUCACAAGGCGAUUGUUCGAGAUGAUAUUAAAGCUGUCAAGAGAUUGUUGAUGAUUCUCCCGAUGACCAAGAAUAAUAUUGACGCCAAGAGUUACGAUAAUAAAACGAGUUUGGAAUUGGCAAUGAAAAUGGAUGCUGAUCCGGAAAUUGUAAAUUGUUUAUUGGAAGCUGGAGCGAAACCAACAUCAGAGGAGGUGGGAUACGAUUCAGCUUUAUUAAUUGCCUGUAAAAAUUCUUCUCCACUUUUACCUCAACUGAUAAAAUAUGCCUGCAAGACUGCUUUGGAUUCGAUGGAUGUCGAAGGAUUUGGCGCUAUUCACAUUUGUGCAGUACGAGGUAAUUCAAAUGCAAUAAAUUCCCUAAUUGCCGCUGGGGCAAAUAUAAAUUUACAAGAUCUACGAUCGGGAAGAACAGCAUUGUUCCAUGCAAUUGAAAAUGGACAUAUCGACCUGGCCCGUCACUUAUUGGCAUCAGGUGCAAAACCAAGUAUUCGAAAUAACGAUGGACACACAAUUUUACCACUUCUCGACGAUCCGAAAACGCAAAUAUUAAAAAAUAUUGUUUUAAAAGCAAUGAAGAGUCACUGAGAAGUAAUUUUCUUCUGUUUUUUUUCUCUGUCUCGCUGUAAAUUAAAUUGUCUUCAUUGUCUUUUAGAAAUGAUAAUUUUUCCAUAAAUAGUUAUAAUUUAUAAUUAUUUUUAAAUGACAGUAAUCUUAAUUGGACGCAGAGGGAAAAAAAUUAAAAUUUUCCCAAAGCAACCAAAAGAUUUGUAAUCUUUUAAAAAAAAAUGAAAAUAGUUUCGUUAUUUUUAUUUUUUUUUUUUAAAUUAUUUGAAAUUCAAAGACCUUUAGCAACUAUAUAUGCGAUAUAAAUGUGUUUCUUUUUUUUACACAUAUUUUUUUUUAGUCAAUAUAUUUUUUAUAGACAAAAACUUUUUAAGUUACAUUUAAACUGAAUGUACAUUUUUUUUUUGUUCAAAUCGAAAUUGAAUUAUGAUGGAU